GGCACACGGCAGUGACUGGGGAGUGGGGCGCCUGGCGGGAGGUGGCGGACCGCCGCUCGUACCGUUGUGUUGUGGCCGCCACGGCGGCGGCGUGACCUCGCGACCUGCGUAACGUCGGCAGCCAUGGAGUUCCGCACAGAUCCGUUCGAGAACUUUUACGAGGUGUUUGAGGAGAUCGGCACGGGCCAGCAUGCCGUGGUGCGUCGGUGCCGAUGCAAGGUCUCGGCCGCCGAGUUCGCCGCCAAGUUCAUCCGGAAGCGACGCGUCGCCUCGUCGCGUCGCGGCGUGCCGCUGGCCGACAUCCGACAGGAGGUGCACCUGCUCUCGGAGAUGUCGCACGAGAACGUCAUCAGCUGCCACGAGGUGUACGACAACGACACUACGGUCAUCCUCGUCUUGGAACUGGUUCGCGGAGGAGAGCUCUUCGAGUUCGUCACGGAGAAAGAUCAUGUCAGCGAAGCAGAGGCGGCGCUAUUUAUCAAACAGAUCCUGCGCGGUCUGGAGCAUAUGCACUCGAAGAGGAUAGCACACCUGGAUUUGAAGCCGGAGAAUGUGAUGCUUCUAAGCAAGAACCGUCCUCAGCUGAAGCUGAUCGACUUUGGCCUCAGUCGGCGCAUAGAGCCCGGACAGGAGCUGCGGAAUAUGCUCGGUACACCGGAGUUUGUGGCGCCGGAGAUUAUCAACUACGAGCCGCUGGGCCUAUCGUGCGACAUGUGGGCGGUCGGAGUCAUCACAUACAUACUACUGUCGGGCGCGUCUCCGUUUCUCGGGGACUCCCAGCAGGAGACAUACGCCAACAUUGUGGCGUGUGACUACCGGUUCGAUGAAGAGUACUUCAGCGGCACCUCAGAGGCGGCCAAGGACUUCAUCGCGCGACUGUUCGUCACCGAUCCCAGGCACCGUGCCACUGUGCAAGAUUGUCUCAACCAUCCCUGGAUUCAUCCGCCGACCAAGCUGCAGAUGACGGAGCUACGUGUGAAUACCGUCAACAUCGACAACCUGAAGACGUACCAGGCGCGAAGGAGGUGGAAGCUGUCGCUGCGUGUCAUCACGCUCUGUAACCGGCUGUCUCGGAGCGCCAAACUGCGCAGCCGCAGUCAGAGCCUCGAGCUGCUCGACGAGGGCGCCCAGAUGUCGGCCGUCUCCGUCAGUGACCUGGCCGUGGCCGCGUACCAGGAUGAGAGUUUUGUUGUGUCUGCUCUCUUCUGCGCUGCGGAGGAGGGCAACGUCGCUGGAAUCAAGAGGCUCUUCUCGAUGGCGAAAAUCGACCCCAAUGUCUCAAACCGACAAGGUGAGACAUCAGUUCACGUGGCCGCUGGAGUGGGACAACUGGAGGUGGUGCAGGCGCUAAGGUCAAAGGGCGCCGAGCUGGACAGGGUGGACGAGCGCGGCGACAGUGCUGCCAUCUGGGCGGCUCGGCACGGCCAUCCCGCUGUGCUGAGCUACCUGAUCGCGGAGGGCGCCGACGUCGACUGCAAGAAUAAGUGUGGAGAGACCCCGCUUCUGGUCGCCUGCAAGUACGGGCACGGUCCCGUGGUGCGAAUACUGUGCGAGGCUGGCGUGAUACUGGAUACGCAGGAUGACCACGGAGAGUCUGCUCUGCACGCCUCCGUUUGGCACGGUUUUCCGCUGCUGACUCAGCUGCUGAUCGCUGCCGGAGCCGACACAGAUACUGUGAACCAGGAGGGCGAGACGCCGUUACACUGCGCCGCGGCGCGCGGACUGGUGGCCGCCGUCCGGUCUCUGGUGACUGCCGGCGGGUGCGUCAGCGUCACUGACGCCGCCGGCGCCACCCCGCUCCACCUGGCGCUGCGUCGGCGUCACGUUCAGGUGGCGCACAUCCUGCUCGACGCCGGAGCGCCCUGCGAUGUCACCGAUCUGUCGGGUGACGCGCCGCUGCACGUGGCCGCCUCGGAGGGCCUCCUGUCCAUCACACAGGCGCUGUGUACCUAUGGCUGCUCGCUGGACGGCCUCGGAGGCGAGGGUCUCAGCCCGUUACACCUUGCCGCUCGUGGAGGACACCUGGACCUGGUCAGGGUUCUGUGUCUGGCCGGCUGCACGGUGGACCAGCGCAGCAGCUCCGGCCACUCGCCAGAGGUGAUCGCCGUUCAGAACGGACAUCCCCACAUCGGUGGACUGCUCGCCCGGCUCAGCGACGCUGAUUUGCGAGAUGAGUUUGUCAAUCAACUAGUCGAGACCGCUACUCCAAUACCACGGAUAAAACUGAAACUGUUCGGCAACUCUGGAGUGGGGAAGACAACGCUCGUCGAGUCGCUGAAGUCUGGAUACUUCUCAGGCCUGUUCAGGCGAAACAGAAGUGCAAGUCUAGGGAAUGUGCAAAACGGCUUCCGACUGUCUGCGGUAGCCAUCAAGCAGCGGGCCGAGCGGACGCCGUCCAACCCUCAGGCCGGCGCCGCCUGUCUCGAUGGAGACUUCACCCGCGGCAUCGACAUCACGCAGACCUCUCUGAACGGUGUCGGCGACGUGUCCAUCUGGGAUUUCUCGGGGCACCGCGCCUACCACGCGCUCUACGACCAGUUCAUCGGCGACGGCAGCGGCGGCAACUGCGUCCACCUGGUGGUGUACCGACUGGCGGACGCGGCGCCGCGCCGACUCCGACAGGUCCGACACUGGCUCACCUUCCUGCAGGCGCGCAUCGCGCCCGUCGAGCCGCUCGGUCACUGCGGCCGCUCGGCCGCCCCGCCGCGCGUGCUGCUCGUGGCGACCCACGCCGACCAGUGUCGACGGAGUGGUGCGGGGGACAGCGUUCUGACGGAGGUGGAGCAGAUGAUGUCGGAGAUCAGUCGAGAGUUCGGCUCCGUUUUCGACCUCUGUCCGAGCACGUUCGUCCUGGACGCCACCUCGGCCAACUCGCCCUCUCUCAAACACCUCAAGAGUCACCUGUGCCGUCUGAGGGCGCGGGUCACACAGGGCCUGCCGAAGAGCUCCAGUUUCCUGGAGUCGAUGGUGUCGCACGUGCACGGCUGGCGUCGCCUGCAGCCGCAGUUCCCGGUGAUGCCGUGGUCGGACCUGGUGGACGUGGUCCGGGACCAGGUGAACCCGCUGGCCUCCGCCGAGCACGUCCACGUGGUGAUGCACCAGCUGCAGCUGAUGGGGGAGGUAGUGCUGCUGAGGUCGGUGGGCGGCGAACAGGACCUGGUCACCCUGUCUCCCCAGUGGCUCUGCGGGGACAUUCUCGGACAGAUGCUCUCACCAGAGUUCGUACGGCGCACCAGAGACUCGGGAUGUUACACGCUGGACGAGUUCCAGGCACUGGUGCCUCACUGGGACGGCCUGGACCUCCUACAGGUGCUGGAGACACUUCACGUCUGCACUCAGUGUGACAGCGCCGGGGACAUUGUGUACGAGUUCCCCUGCCACAACCGAGGCGCCGAGCCGGAGGGACUGUGGGCGCCGCCCGGCCCCGAUGGACCCCGGCUCUGCUACGGAGGGGUGAUGCUGCGACCCCCGGACGGCACGGAGCUCCUCAUGUCACCCCUGCUGCCGCGACUGCAGGUCCAGCUGCGUCACCUGGUACAGGAGUACUCGGCCGGGGAGGCGGAGCUGCGUCAGUGGUGGGCCGGGUCUCGGCUCAUCACCGGAGGCAUUGAGACCGUGCUGACCGCCUCCCCCGACGGCCGCCACCUGGAGCUGAGACUCAGGGGGCCGGCUGACGCAGCCGCCGCCUGCUUCUACCUCAUGGAAGAUGUACUGACGGCGCUGGAGCAGGUGAUACUCCAGGUGUUCCCCGGUGUGCCGAUCGAGCGCCACUACCUGUACCCCAGCGACCUGGAGCGUCACGUCGACCGGUGCCGCUCAGUGCCGCCGUCAGAUCUGGUCGCCAGUCUUCUAGCGCGCGGUCCCGCAUCUCCUCUCAGUUCAGACAUAUUCUCUAACAACUCCUCAGACAACUCCUCAGCUCCCUCCUCGAUGGAUGCCUCGGCUCUCUCUCCGGCCGAUCCCUCGGCUCUCGCCCCACGCUCCUCUGUCUGCGCCGACUCCCCGUCUCCCCUGGAGCUGGUGUGUUUCAGCUGCGCGCCGGUGUCUGACCGUCUCCGCUGGCCGGCCCAGCUGCCGGUAGCCUGUCUGGGGGUGGCCGGCCGGCGCGUGCUGUGCGCCGCGCUCGACCCGGCCGACCGGCUCGGCCGCGACUGGUGUCUGCUAGCCGUCCAGCUGGGGCUCACCGAGCGGCUAGCGCGGCUCGACGCUGGAGAUAACCCGGCCGUGAGCCGGACGGCACGGCUGCUGCACGAGCUCGGCAGACUGCCGCUGGCCCGGCUGCACGCGGCGCUGGUCGACAUCGGCAGGCGGGACGCGGCCGAGCGGCUGGCGGCCGCCGCGCCGCUCUACCGUCUGCGGCUCGGCUCCGGCGGCGGCGGGCCCUCUGAGACGGUGACGGUGCGGCCGCCCUCCGGCUCGGCGGCCAGCUCGUCCACAGUCAGUCGCUGAGCGACUCAGCGGCUUAAAAACCGGCGGGCGCUGACAGGCGACCCAGGCUAUACGGAGCAGUCGGAGAGGGUUAUUCACAGAACUCAGUUAUAUUGCGUCCAUAGUGGAAGUCGAAAUGUGUAAAAGGCGGCGCCAGCGCCACUGCAGUCAUAGGUAGUCGAUGUGAUACGAUGUGUUGUAUGAGAUGGAAAUUGUCUUGGAGAAAAAGAGAUGGAAAAGAGAGAUGGAAAGUGGCUGAAAUCACCAACAGGCAGAAGCCUAUAAGACCAACAAACAUGAACUUUUUCGCCAUUCGCCCGUAUGGCGUUGUGUUGGACGAUGCCAUCUCAUCGCCACCAAUCUACUAGAAUGGUGGUCCCCACUUGUGAUAACGGUGCUAUGUCGGUUAUGUGCGAGUGUAACAUUCCUGUGGCUUUCGAUGCGAUGUGUCAUUUAUUUGAGUCAUUUAUAUCGGUGCUGGACAUGAAGGGAAGGUUGUGAUAGGACUGUAACGUCUUGAAGACGGGAAAAUAUGCGACAAUGGGGGCAUGUGGAGGCCUUAGAAGCCAAUGUCCGUGUAAACUAACGUUAUAUGUCUAAUUUUCUUCAGAGAGGAUAAAUAAAUAUGGAGUGCGAAUAUCAA